AUGAGCGGUGCUGCAAUUUCAGACCCUAAUCAUCACCCUCCCCAAGACGAUCACCCCAACAUCAUCAACCCCUCUCCCGCCGCCUCCAAAAAGGGCAAGGGCAAGGGCGGCCCCGACAACGCCAAGUUCCGCUACCGCGGCGUCCGCCAGCGCAGCUGGGGGAAGUGGGUGGCCGAGAUCCGCGAGCCGAGGAAACGCACGCGCCGCUGGCUCGGCACCUUCGCCACCGCCGAGGACGCCGCCCGCGCCUACGACCGCGCCGCCGUCAUCCUCUACGGCUCCCGCGCGCAGCUCAAUCUCCAGCCCUCCGCUGCCAAUGGCGAAGGCGGCGGCGCCUCCUCCCAGUCCUCGUCACGGAGCAGCUCCUCCUCCUCCUCCUCCGCGCAGACGCUCCGCCCCCUCCUGCCGCGGCCGUCCGGCUUCGGCCUCACGUAUCCAGCGCCCAAUUUCUUGCAGUACGGGUUGUACCCCAGCGUACAAUACCCUAACAUUUUGCCCCAAUUAGCUCCGCACCAGCCGUCCGGAAUCCCUGAUUUGGGGAUUUCUGAGUCCAAUUCCCAAAUUAGGGUUUCUUCAAAUGCAGUUACAAACCCUUCCUAUCCAAACCCUAACAAUCACGAUUGCCAACAAAAUCAGAAUCAAAACCAGAAUAAUAAUCAGAAUGCGAUUGGUUACGAUGCGAUCAGCUCGCUCGUGUGCUCGACCGGUUCGCUGCUGUCGGAUCCUGCGCCGGUGCCAGCGCUAUCGGAUCUGACGGCGGUUCUGAACGGGUGCGAGCCGUCGCCGUCGUGGCCAUUGAUGGCGCAGGAGGAGGAGUACCCGGCGAUGAGCAUUUGGGACUACGGCGAUCCCUUCUUCUUCGAUAGUAUCUGA